AUGGGCGUCCUCAGCUCCGUCGCCUACGUGUUCGUCGCGCCUUUCCGCGCGUUGCGUUACCGCAGCGCUAGUCCGGAGAUGCGUGCUCGCAUGAUAAAGCUCGGCGUGAUUUGCCGGAAGUCGUGGAUACUCUUCCCGCCGCUGAUGAUGUACCAGUACAUUCGCGAGAAGGAUAAGGAGAUGUACACCGCUGAGUUGUUCUACAAGAAUUCGCAUAGCGAUGACCCGGCGUCCUUCUACGACCCAUCCAAGCCCAGCGGCACUCGCCACUGGAAGAUUCAGCACGACAUGGCGCUGUUAUCGGCUGCAGCAAACGACACACUUAGCUAA